UUCGACAAUCGACAUUGUUCAUUUGCUUGUGUAUCGAGCGAGUCAAUCUUCGUGAAUUACAGAAAGUGUAUUCCAUCUCGUAAAAAUGGAGGUGGAGUUAAAACAAAAAUAAAAAACAGAUUUACUUUAAGUAACGAUUAAAAGUUAAACGAUUUGCGCUCAUGGAUUAAAGGAUAAUUAGUGGAGUUAAGUGUUCGCAAAAUGCUAGCCUCAAAUUAACCCGUUAAACAGUUUCAUGGUUUGGGUUGGUUGAAUAGUUAUUUGAAAAGUACAAAAUGAGCAACUGGGCGAGGCGAAUGCACCGGCGAGCUGCUACAUUAAGCAAUGUGGUUACAUCUUGUGGACAUCCUAAUUCUCUGCCAUAUCCAAGGAGACUUGAAAAAGUGAAGUUCGGUGUUCCCCUGCACGAAGUUUGCAAGGAUGAUAUACCUGGCCCUUUGCUUGUACUGAUAUUAAAGCUGAAUAAGGAGGCACCGCUGCGGCGCGAUGUGUUUCGCGCUCCUGGACAUCAAGGAGCCAUGAAAAAGCUUAUACAUUUCUUACAGACUGGUCGUCUAGUCAAUGUGGAUAAUUACUCUGUGUAUACUAUUGCCAGUGUACUCAAGAAGUUUCUUAGAAAAAUCCCGGGUGGAGUGUUUGGUCGUGAAGGUGAAAUGCAUCUGUUUACGGCAGUGGAGCUACCUGCAGAUCAACAAGUUGACGCUAUAAGACGGUUGCUAUUGUCACUGCCUGUCUGCACGCAGAGAUUAUUGGUACUACUCUUCGGCACGUUUCGGGUGAUGGCAUCUAACGCUGACAAAGCUGGCACAGGAAUGACAUCAGAAGCCCUGGGCGUGUCGGUGGCACCGUCGUUCUUCCACUCGUGCGUGUCCGAUGGGAAGACAGCUACAAUGGAGGAUGUACAAAGAUUCAAGGCUGAAGUCUCCGUGGCAACCCGCAUUAUGCGACAACUGAUUGAGCAGUUCAGCGCGGGCGACCUGUUCGGGAGGGAGAAUUACGAGUACUACGCUCGUGUCACGGGUCGGAUAUUACGUGUGAGGGACGAGUGGAUAUGCUCGUUCCGGGACCCGCCGCCGCCUCGACACCACCGCGACCAGGAGGCGUAUGCCAGGCAGCUGUCUUUAGAAGCAGAAAAAACAUGGCUUCAGUGUGAAUGCGACCGUUGGGGUAACAAGUUCAAUUUAGAAGGUCUAUCAAAAUCUGAGGAGUGCCAGUCGAUGCCGGCUCUGAUGGGAGCCGUGGGCGGAACGGGCGCGGGUACUGGACUGGGCAUCAUUCCCGAACACAGCCUUCUGGACUCCUGCACACGUCUCUCUAUCUCGCUCGAAGAGAGCGUAUUUAAGGUCUCCGUCAGUUCAUCAUCGCAGUCGUCUCGCAGCAACUCCAGCCCGCACAUGACGCUGGAGGAACUGCGAGCGAUUAACAAGUACGCAGAGAGCACCAAGAGCCUCUCCUACUUACCACAGGUGCACGAGCGGCAGCGGGCGCGGAUGCGGACGCGCUCCGAGUGGUUCCUGCAGCCCGCCGCCUCGCUGGACGCGGCCCGCCCGCGCGCAACCUCGUCAAGUGACCGCCUGACACCUCCCGCCCACGCCCUGACACCGCCGCCUCGCCUCGCGCGCCACCGUUCUCGUAUGCAUACGUUCGCGCACACACUAUCGACUGCUGUUUUUGAGAUAUUCGUGCCAACCCCUCUGUUAUGUAAAGUCUUGUAUGUGAGCAGAGACGUACUUUUUGGUUUAAAUUUAGAAAUAGCAGUUAAACAUUACACUCACACCUGUAACGAAUUUGAAACUUAACCUCCGACUCGAUAUUUCCAAUUUAAUACAUUGUGACCAGCACGCCAGCAUAUGAAUGUCAUCGAUUAUUUACAAUAAUCUGUACUAUAUAUGUUAGCAUGAUAUAAAUAAACCUAUUUGACGUUAUCUCUUAUAAAAUUCCGAUAACAUAUAUAAAUAUAGGAACUUCAAACGAAAAUUAGUAAUUAAAAUUAUCAUUCGUAUAGAUCUUGUGUCGUAAUCCUAAAAGUGAUAGUAGUGAUCUACGUAACUUCGAUGAUCUACAAUUAAUGUUGAAAUUGAGCUUACAAACAGAAUUUAACAAAAAAAUAUAUUACGAACAAAUUUCUGAACAAUUUUGUGACAAAUUUCACAUAUAUCAUGCCACAAGUUACUAAUUAGCAACGAAUAUAAAAAUUAAAAAAAAAAAAAAUUAUUUCAUAAAUAUUUUGUAAAUAUGUGCUCUCUGUAAAAUUUUUAAGUAGUUUCAAUUACAACAUAUAUAUACCUAAUUAGCUACGUAAGUUCAGAAAUCUUUACGAAAUAAAUUUAGAGAAAAUGUCAAUGAUAAAGUAAAUUUUUCUUUUACAAUAUGUUUCACGCAUAUAACGCGAAUAUGUUUCAGUAGAGCAAUUGAAUUAAUUGCUGUAUAUUUCCUAUAAAUAUCUUUAAUGCAUUUAAUUUACCAAAUUGUAGUCUAUAUUAUUUAGCAAAAAAAAAAAUUUUUAUAUCGAAACUUAAUUUUAUAUUUAACGGUUGACGAUUUUUAUUAGAACGGAAAUUUGGAAUGUGUUCGAAUUUGACCACUUUUAAACAUUCCUGUAAAUAUAUCUAGGUUAUUGUUAUGGAUCGUGCACAUUUAGAGCGCGUUAUAAUAUUGAAAGAAUUAUUAUUUUAUAAACAACUUACACUACUGCAUUUUUCUCUACCUCGUAUGUAUGUUUUUUUUUUUUUUGGCUUAUUUGAUCAUCAAUGUAUUCCAUAAUGCCAAAAUUUCUAUUCAUUAUAAUAUAACUUUAAAACAAUAUUUUUUAAUCUUGACUUCGAUAAAACAGGAACAGUAUUUUUUCUAAUGUUAUUGUUUAGUAUAUAAAUAUCAUACCAUAUAAGAUUCUAAAAAUAUUUGUUGAAUUUUCAAUAUUAUAGACAAGUAUUGGAAUUAAUGUCAAAGUAUUUCGGAUUGUAUAUUCAUUUUAGAAAAAAAGUUACAAAAAAGACUGAAAAAUGUAAAAUUUACUCUACAGCUCUUCAUAAAAAUUCAACUUAUUUUUUACAAUAUUAAUAUGGUUUUAAAUUGAAGGAUUUGAGAUUUGUUGUCUAUUAUAUGUAGUACAAAUAAAGUGGGUGUUUUGUCUAUAAUUCUAUAGUAAUGGAAGUGUCGAUGCUUCUAACAUAAAUUAUAGGUGCUAGUUGAUUGUGAAAUCUCUUAUUAUUAAAAAUAGUAUUAAUUUCAACUAAUAUUGAUACAUUUUUCUGAUGUAUCGAAAUAUAUUUAAUAUGUUAGUUGUACGUUUACGUUUUUGAUAAACUUAUUGACGUAAAUUCUUUGUACAGCCUGUUUUAUCGCUUCAAAAUACGCGUAUAGAAAUUAAUUAUUAUACAUGUUUCGGUUUUUGUUCAAAUAUCGUUACGUGAUAUUAUAAAUGAUACUUUUUAUUUAAAUAUAUUCUAAUUUCGCGAUCCGGUGUGACUUCACAAUGAAGAUAUAAUUUUAAAUUUUGUUCCAAAUUAAUUUUUAAUUGGUUGUAUAUAUUUGCUCAGCACUCAAGUGCUUCGAUGUUUUUUUUUUAAGUUGACAUACAAUUUCUAGAAUAACUAGAUUUAAUAAGGAGUGCUAAAACAGGCUCUAAGUCAUACUAUGUUUAUAUUUAUUCAUCAUACAUGACACCUACAUUGAGCACGUGUUAAGCACAUCUAAUUGUUUAGGUUAAUAGGUAAAUAUAUAUUUUUUGUGUAUAUUGUUUAAGCUGCCUGUUUAUUUUUACGCGUGCAGCAGUGUGCAUAACACUUUUAUUACGUAUCAAUUGUGUUAAUAAAGCAAAAGGCUUUUGAAUGAUACAGUCAGCUUGUUUGUAUAAAGAGUAUUGUUUGCAUUAAAAUUUUUACAAACAUAAAUAUAUGAUUGUGAAUGAAAAUAAUUUGUAAGUUUUAAUGCUAGUUUAUUUCGCUAAUAGUCAUGCGAAAGGCAGCUCAAUAUAUUUAUGAAUUCCUAGUGGUUGUGGAGUAGCAGCUACGCGUUAGGCUUACUGUGGCCAUAUUUAAGGUACCUUAUCAUUCUGUUAGCAUUUUUAUACGUUGAAGUAUUAUUCAAGGAUAAUUUCACGAGACCUACGUGAUCUAUUCCGUAGUAUAAUCUUUAAAGUAAUAUUCGAUAGUUAGUAAAACUUUUCUUGGAUUUUCAUUGGCCAAGAUCUUGUGUUCAUUGAUUAGUUAUAGGUUAUGAUAGUUUAAUUUCUUAUUAUAUACAUAUAUAAUUAAUGUAUAGGGUAGUUUGUCCGUAGAUGGAAUAAUUUGGUGCUAUUGUCAUUUUAGAAGAUGUAAAAAUCGUGGCAAUAGCAACAAAUACUAAAUGUUAAAUACAUUAUAAACUUUAAUCAAACGCGUCCUAUUCUUUUUGAAAUCACACCUUUGAUUAACAUCAAUUAUUAUAGUAUAGAAAAUUUUGUACUAUGGUAAGUUUUUGAAUAUUGUUGGGUACAUAUGAUUUGUAUAAGACUGUUCCAAUUGAAUUUGUAUUUUAUUAUAAUAAACACUCGAAUAUGUAAAAUACCUAAUCAUUCCACCGACUUAAGUAUUGAUCAUAACAUUGCUUUGGGUAUCACUGUCGUAAAUUAUUAAGUUAGCAUAGAUCUCGGAGCUUUAACAAUGUCACGAACAAUGUUAUUAUUUUAGUUUUUCAUUAGAACGAUUUUUUUUUUGUUUUGUUAACGGUACUUGAACUGACAUGUUAUAUUAUUUCUAAUUUGAGUUAUGUUUUUAGUGCAAUGGACGAUAAACGAAGAUGUGAAAUUUUUAUGUCUAUUUUCUUUUAAAAUUGUACAUGAAUAGCAAGUAUAUGAUAGUUUUAAUUUAUUUUAGAAUAUUUGUAAUAUGGUAUUUGCUUAUGUGCAUUAAGUUUUUAUAGAUUUUCACAUUAUAUUUGCACAUUUUUCUAUACAAAUUAUAAAGA